CGCCCAGGGCGCCUACCCUCCAGCGUGUGCUUUCCCCGGCGAGACCGAGACGGGCUGGAGAGCUGGGCAAAGGCAGACGUGGAGAGGGGAGAAGAGAUCAACACCCACCUUGCUACAGCCUCCAGGUUCACAGUACAGGAAAAUCAAUGAGCACAUGGCAAGCAUGGCAGCUGUGCUAAAGAGCAUCAUGGAGGUCUGCUUGUUCUUCCUUCAUGUUGUGAUGCUUCUCCCAGGUAUUCCUGCCAGUGUGCAUCACCUGAAGUCGUUUCUCAACCACACAGCAUUCCUGUCCUGCUCUUUCCCAAGCUCUCAGGAAAUUGACCUGAAGGAUGUAAGAGUUUUCUGGCAAAAAGGGGACGAUGAAGUCGUGCAUGAAGUGUACCAUGGGCACGAGAAGCACGACAACCUCAGCCCCAGCUACGUGAAUCGCACCGCCAUGGACAUGGACAAGUGGACCUUGCAGCUGUUAAACACAGCAGUUGUGGAUGAAGGACUCUAUACAUGCAUUGUACAGCACAGAGACAGAGGAUCACCAAAGGUCAUACACAAAGCUGAGUACUUGCUGCACAUCAUCGCCAACUACAGUCAACCCAAGAUAGAAUGUCUGCAGGCUGGGGAACUGCAGCCCAGCAAGUACUUGAACCUGUCCUGUUCUUCCAGCGGGGGCUACCCAGAGCCCAAGCAGAUGUCUUGGCUAAUCUCGUAUGAGAACAAAACACAAACUCAAGUACAUCACCUGGAUGUCUCACAGGAUGCUGCAACAAAGCUGUACAAUGUUACCAGCAAGCUGGAUAUCCAGGUUCCUACAAACACCCCCACUAACAUUAGAUGCCUGCUUCACCUUGGAGAGCAGCUGGGGAGCCUUGUUUCAAUGCCACUAGCCAUAGAUCAACUGCAGAGUUUCCUGACCAUUUUGGCAGUCAAACCACACACAAAGAGGAGUAAGUCACUGCUUGGGACCAAUGGAGGCAGUUCUCAGAGAUGGGCUCUCCUUAAUGGUUACAAAGAAGGAAGGAUCUCUGAACUGUUGCUUUGCCAUGGAGAAGGUAGAGAGAGCAAUAUCAGCACCGUGGCUCCCGUCUUGUGGCUUAUCUCCCUGCAGACAUGUGUCCCAAAUCUUCUCUGGGCUGUGUUAAGGAAAGGAAAAGCUUCAACACUGCAACAUCUGCUUUCUUGCAUCACCUUUUCCAAUUCUGCACCCUAUAACCCCCAGUGA